ACUUGAAUUCCGCCCCCAAAUCCCAUCAUAACAAACAACUACUACUUCACCCACAAGCAAACCAAAUCCUCAAAUCCAAGAAGAUCGCAAAAACAUGUCGUCACAUUAACUCUUUUCUUAUUAUGGCUCCUUGGUACUCAAGCAACUGAUGGGGCUCUACAGGCCUCCAUUUUACAUCAUGAAAAUGCCCUUUCUCUGUAAUUCAGGCCAACUAAUUUUGCCCAUUUUGUAAACAAAUAUUUGUUUUUAACUUUUUGGGUGUCUAUGUUAUUGUCCCACUAAACAUGACAGAGGUUCUUCCUUCAAAACACUACUCGCCUGAGUACUCCUCUUCCAACUCUUCAACCUCUCAGCCCCCUUCAGAUGACGAUGAGACGGCGGUGAAUACUACUUCGCCUCUUAUCUCACAGGACCGUAGGCUUAGGAGGGCAGGUGAGAGGUUAGAGCAGCACAACAAGGAAGAGGAUCAGAACAGAGCUCAGCUGUCUGUGCUCGCCCUUCUCUUGGCUGCCUUCAGAAAGUCCUUGGUGACCUGCAGAGCUGAUAGGGAGGAUUCUUCUUCCUGUUCGAUGGAGAUCAGUUGGCCUACAAAUGUCAGGCAUGUUGCCCAUGUCACUUUUGAUCGUUUUAAUGGCUUUCUCGGAUUGCCUGUGGAGUUUGAGCUUGAGGUUCCCAGAAGAGUUCCUAGUGCCAGUGCAAGUGUCUUUGGAGUUUCUGCGGAGUCAAUGCAAUGUUCCUAUGAUUCAAAGGGGAACAGUGUGCCCACAAUUCUUUUGCUUAUGCAGCAGAGGUUGUAUGCUCAAGGAGGCCUAAAGGCAGAAGGUAUUUUCAGAAUAAAUGCAGAGAAUAGCCAAGAGGAGCAUGUGAGGAAUCAAUUAAACAAAGGGAUUGUGCCACAUGAUAUUGAUCUUCAUUGCUUGGCAGGUUUGAUAAAGGCAUGGUUUAGGGAGCUUCCUAGGGGAGUGUUGGACUCUCUUACCCAUGAGCAAGUGAUGCAAUGCAACACUGAGGAGGAAUGCCUUGAACUUGUGAAUCUUCUACCUCCAACUCAAGCAGCUCUAUUAGACUGGGCUAUCAAUCUAAUGGCAGAUGUUGUGGAAGAAGAGCAGUACAACAAAAUGAAUUCACGGAACAUUGCAAUGGUCUUUGCACCCAACAUGACACAGAUGGCUGACCCCUUAACAGCUCUGAUGUAUGCUGUACAAGUAAUGAAUUUCCUGAAGACAUUAAUUCAACGAACCUUGAAAGAACGACAAGAGGCUGCACUUGAUCCUAUAGCAGCUUCUUCUUGUAGAGAUCCGCAUGAUGACAAUGGCCAUGGUAAUGUAUCCAAUGGGUCAAUCAGAAACCGUGAGGAAAGUGAUGGCAUGGAUGAAGAUGAACAUGCACGGGGCAGUGUUGAAUCAUAUAGCACUGGUAAUCGAUCAGUUGAUGAUAUCGAGGAGAGUUUUUUGACCUUUGAUGAGAAGGACAGCAUUGAUGAAGGUGGACUUCCCCCUGACAGCAGGGUAGAUAACUUAAGUUCAAGUGACAGUCCUGGGAAUGAAAUGAAGAAGAGUGGAGGAACAAAAUUAGAGGGAGUUGAUGUAGAGGAUGUUUUUGGUGUUAAAAAGGGUGCACAGAUGUUAUAUUCUGAAAAUAAUCAUUGGAAAGCAAGCACAAGUGAAUGUGACUCUCUUGGUAUUCAUGAAGUUAUCUACAAUUCAUUUCAAAGGAACAAUGUAGAGAUUAACAAAGGAGUGAGAAAAGAGUACCCUCAGUGUAUGAUUCAGAUGCUCCAGCCAACAGAGAAACCAAAAGGAAUAAGUGUCAUAAACCAUAUUAAUCAGCAGGUUGAGCGAGCAGAAGCUUGGCGAUGAGUUGAGACUUCAAUUUCUGUUGUUAUUGAUAAAUUUUAUGUUAUGUUUGCUGAUUUUUCUAGUUUCUGUUGUGGUGGAAUCUUGGCAUUUGAAGAUUUUAAACAGUUUGCACUAAUGUGUUCUUAUGUGCCAUUGCUUUUGAAUAACUACCACUCUUUACGAGUGCACAGCCAAGAAUCCCCAUUAGUUUUCUUAAGAAUCAUGUAAGAUUUUGUAUAUUAUUUUUAUUACACCACAGUUUGGCUUUAA